UAUGUUUAUUAACCAAUAUUGUUUCAUAACAGAUGAGUUGAGUGAAGUAGAAGGAUUGCAUACUAAGUAAAUAUACAAUAAUUAGAGGAAAAUGAAUAAUUUACCGACACUGAUUUGUUUGGUUGGGAUAUUUGUGGAGGCGACGUCAAUGUCGAUGGAUGUUUUCAAAGGGACAGCAAAACCUUUUAAAUUAACAAAAACAUCGUGGCGAAACAUAAGAGAGAACAACGCAGAAAAAUUCGAAACUAAACGAGACACCGGAAACGCAGAUGGCUUUCCAGAGGAAAUGACGUAUACACUAACGCUGGAUGAGAACGCUGAAAAAGCAUUGCAUCUAAAACGAGACCGUGCCCACGUGUUGCCAAAUGCUUAUCAGCAAGACGAGGUGGGAAAAUUCUCCCGAAAAUCAGAUACAAAUUCAAAGAACGUUGCUUUCUACAGAGAUCUAAACGGACAUGGGCUAUUUGCAUGCCAAUCUCAAGUGUCGUCUGCCGGGGAAUUUGAUUGCGGAAUGUCUUCAAUAUUGAACCUAGAAGGGGAGACUUGCUACAUUGGACCAGGGGCCUCACAUGCAGACUGUUCCGCAAAAGAUAAAGGACCAUCGAAGGAAAUGCCAGAACCGAUUUCCAUACCAAUUGUUGAUGAAACAAUGUCUAGAAAAAAGAGGGGUAUUUUACCAACAUCAGUUGAUAAGAUUGUAGAAGUGGCGUAUCUGCCAGAUGCCAAAUUCACUGACUUGUUUUACCGAAGAAAUCCUAAUGACAUAAGCGCUGCGGAAACGGAAAUGCAAAUCUUUGGUACCCUGCUUACAAAUGAGAUAAACGUGUAUUAUGCCUCAUUGAAAGAAGUAUCAGGCGGCAGUUUGGAUAUACAGGUGUAUCCAACAGCAUUCGCAAUUCCAGGAUUUAGACAGAACUUUGUAUGGUCGGAGAACUACAAUGAUGGUACAGGUCUUGACGCAUCUCCCGACAUGAUAGCUAACUUGGAGUUCGUUAUUAACGACAGUGGCUUCAUAACAGAAAGAUAUGAUUACGUGUUUGCGUUAACAGGCUUCAACCUUAUGAAUAGCACAACUGGCAAUCCACUGGUUUCAUUUACCUAUCGGGAAACAAUAUGCACGACCCUUCCGAAAAAGUAUGCAUUAACAGAGUUUACGUCAUGGAAUUUACCCAGAAUUCUUGCUCACGAGUUAGGCCAUGCUUUGGGAGCGGAUCACGACGGCACUAAUGCAUGUCCUUCCGGUGUAAACCUCAUGUCCCUCUUCCUGUUUGCUCCGAACACAACAAACAAAGACACGUACCAGCAAUUCUCCACAUGCAGUGUAGCUGAAAUAACCGCCCAUCUGAAUAGUGUUCCUGGCUGUAUUGAUGAUGAAAGUACAACAUAUGAAGAGUUUAAGGCCAAAUUUUGUGAAGGAUUUCUUGGCGCGCAAGACGACUCAGUAGAUAAACAGUGCCAGCGUCUGUUAAAUCUAACUACCAGCACCGCCUGUGACUCAGUUACAGAAGAGGCGUGUUAUGCCCGUAAUCAAAUAGGAUGCCAGGAUAGUGAAGGUCAAUGCACACAAAAGCUGCAGUUUCUGUGGAAUGGGACACCAUGCGGUACAGACAAGAUAUGCUACAAAGGUAAUUGCGUCGCAAGUUUUGACGUUUGUGGAACAACUUCCAGCAGUUCUUCCACUACGUCGAGUUCAACAACUUCCAGUACGACUUCUUCCACUACCAGCUCAACAACGUCAACUACUUCAUCGACAACUUCUACCACUUCAUCGACUACGUCAACUUCUACCACCACCACUACACCAUCUACCACGUCAUCAACUACGUCAGCCACUUCGUCACCAACAACUAGUACUCUCUCAACUACAACCGUAAUAUAUCCGUGUACUUGUUGUGGAAUAAAACGAAAUAAACGCCGCAAAAGAUGUUGCAAGCUUGGGAGAAAGAAAAUAGAUUCCACUUGCUAUUGUUGCGGGGAUUUAAUAGAUAUCGAACCUCCACCCGGCUGGACAGGGAAAAAGUUUUAAACUAUUCAUUCUAAGAAUGAUAAUAAUGUCAUGAAGAUUCUUGAUAUUGACCGGAAUGAAAUGCACAAUGACGACACCAUACAUUCAUUAUUGCCCUGAAAUUCAGCAUUUUUUUUUCAAAAGCAUUGAUUUAAAAUUAUAUUCUUGUUUAAGUAUUUUUUAAACGAGUCUUUACUGUUCUAUUUUUAACCAAACCGGUUGUAGGCCUACAAGCGGUAUUUGAAUUCUUGAGGCAAAACAAGAACGUCUUUUUAUGCAUCAAGUUCCUUAAGCUUUGAAGAUUUGAAGAAUGUGUCCUUGGACAAUAUUUCUUUAUCACUUUCAAAAAAAUAAUGAGUGUGUGAAUAA